AUGGACGAGGGGUCCCACUGCGCUGUGUUGCGCCAGUCCCCCCUGCUGGCCGCCUGGGCUGCCCUCCUGGCGCGGGUGGCCGCGGCGUGCUGCCACCUCCUGGAGCUCGACUGCCAGCUGCGGCCGCCCGAGGAGCAGUGCGCCACGGCGGCCUGGGUGCUGUCGCUCGGCGUCGCCCUGCUGGCGGCCGCCUUCCUGCUCGGCUCGGCCGCCACCGGCCUGCUGCGCUGGCUCACCCAGCGCGACGGCAGCCGCAUGAUUGUGGUGGCGGCCGAGGUGCUGGCAGAGCUGCGCAAGGUGCAGCCGCUCGACUACCCCUCGCAGCGCCACCUGUUUGCCUCGGCGCCCGCCGGCGCUGUUGCCGCCGACCCGCUGGCGCCGCUGCUCUGCGCCGUGUGCCAGACCGGCAUCAGCGGCGGCGGCGCAGCCCCGCACGCCGCCUCCCUGCGCUGCUGCAUGUCGUGCGGCCUGCUCACGCACGACGGCUGCGCGCGGCGCGCCGGCAAGAGCUGCCGCCCGCUGUGCUGCGCCGCCGAGCGGCAACCACACUUCUGGCAGGCGCACGGCACCGUGCUGGAGCCCGAGGCGCUGGAGGGCGGCGGUGGCGGCGGCGGCGCGGCGGGACUGUCCUGCCUGUACUGCGGGGAACCUGCAGAGACGGAUGCGCUGGCGGCGGAGCCGCUGUGGCGCUGCUCCCUGUGCGCCGCGGCCUGCCACGUGCAGUGCUUCUGCGAUGCCCACCCACAGCUGAAGGCAGUGGGCGCCAAGCUGCGCGCUCUGCUGGACGGCGGCAGCAGUGGCGGGCAGGACGGCAGGCAGCAGCAGCAGCGGCAGGAGCGGCAGGAGCGAGACGGGGCAGCCGGCGCCGCUGGGGCGCUCGGCAACGGCUCGCUGUGCCGCCGCCGCAGCGGGGCGCGGCCCAGCGGCGCCGCAGCAGACAGCUCGCCGCGCGGCCGGCCGCGCCAGUCGCGAAGCGGCGGCUGGCUGCAGGCGCUGGCUGGGGUGGUGGGCGGCGGCGGGGCCAGCGGCGGCGGCAGCGGGGCCGCUGCCGAGGGCGAUAGUGGCUACAGCAGCGAUAGCGAGUCAGACGACCCAUACGACGCGAGGGUGCAGCGCCAGCGCUGGCAGCGGCGGCGGCGCCGCCGCCUGCACUUCCAGGACAUUGGGCGCCUGGAUGAGUGCACCCUGGGCCCCAGCAGGCGCUCGGUGCUGCCGCCGACGGCGGUGCGCCCCGCGCUGCGCAACGGCGGCAGCUCCCGCUCGCAGCUGGACCAGCUGGCUACCGCCGCGGAGCAGGAGCAGGCCACGCCGCUGGACGACGAUGCCUCCUCCACAGCAGGCCUGUCAGACAUCUCUGCUGCUGCCGCCACCACGCCUCGCGAGCCUCGUGCCAGCAGGCAGAAGCAGCAGGCCACGCCGCAGCAGCCGCAGCGCCCGGGCCCGGCAGCGGCAGAUGGCAGCAGGGAGGGCGGCGGAGGAGGAGGAGGCGGCGGCGGCGGGAGCGGCAAGAAGAAGCGCAGCAGCUGGUGGCGCCGCCUGUACCGCCCCAAGCACCUGCAGUGGCAGGACUACCGAAUAGACCAGCUGCCGCCAGGCUGCAAGCCCGUGGUUGUGUUCAUCAACAUCAAGAGCGGCCCGCAGGUGGGUUCCACGCUGCGCCAGCGCUUCCUGCGCACCCUGCACCCGCUCCAAGUGGUGGAGCUGCCCCGCCAGAAGCCCGACGCCGCGCUGCAGCUGUUUGCGCCGGUGGCGGUGCACACCCGGGUGCUGGUGGUCGGCGGCGAUGGCAGCGUGGCCUGGAUUCUUUCCACCUUGGAAGACAUCAAGGCGGCGCAAGCAGCCGGCGGCAACCCGCACUGGAAGCCGCCGCCGGUGGCGGUGCUUCCGCUGGGCACAGGCACGGCCCUGGGCUGCUUGCCCCUUGCUGCGGCCGGCGAGGCUGCCAACGGCUGCUGGAAUGACCUGGCGCGGUGCCUGGGCUGGGGCGGCGGGCACGGCAUAUGGCAGCAGGAGGGUGUGAGCACAAUGCUGGCAGAGGUGCAGCACGCGGCGCCGCUUCACAUAGACAGGCGCGUCUCCUCCUCGGCGCUGUGCCUGAGCAUGAGCCUGUGGAAUGUGAGCUUCCUGCCGCCCGCGCCGCCAGAGCCCAGCACACCGCUCAGCCCCAGAGGCAAGCUGCAGGUGGCCCUCGAGGCCUCCAAGCUGCAGUCCAUGGCCGGCAUGCGACUCUCCUCGCUGCUGCAGCGGGGCGGCGGAGGCGGCGGCGGAGGAGGAGGAGGAGCGGCAGGGCCCCGGCCGGUGGUAAAGCAGAUGAACAACUAUCUGGGGAUAGGCGUGGAUGCCAAGGUGGCCCUGGAGUUCCACCAGAUGCGGGAGCAGCUGCCCUUCCUGUUUGGCUCCCAGCUGGGCAACAAGCUGUGGUACACCGCGGUGGGCGGCAAGGACAUAGUAUCUGGCCAUGCCUGCGCCAACCUGGCCCAGAAGCUGCAGGUGGUGUGCGACGGGCGGCCGGUGGAGCUUCCUCCGGACAUAGAGGGCCUGCUGGUGCUGAACAUUAGUUCCUAUAUGGGUGGAGUGGACCUGUGGCGCAACGGCUACUCCCUGGCAGGCCCGGACCGGCGCGGCGGCAGCGGCUGCGGCGGCCUGGCCGGCGGCGGCGGGCGGCACAGCGCGCAGAGCAUGAUGGAUGGCCGGGUGGAGCUGGUGGCCGUGUAUGGCUCCUGGCACCUGGGCCAGCUGCAGGUGGGGCUGUCGCGAGCGGUGCGGCUGGGCCAGGGCCAGCACGUCGCCAUCACCUCCCUCACGGCGCUCCCCAUGCAGGUGGAUGGGGAGCCCUGGGUGCAGGCGCCCGCGGCGGUGGCUGUGGACAGGCGGGGCCAGGGCCUGGUGCUGCGGCGGGUGCAGAGCAAGCCGCUGGCACGAAUGAUGCAGGCGUUGGCCGAGGUGCUGGAGGAGAGCGAGCACAGGGGCACCAUCACGCCGGCGCAGCAUCACACCCUGAUGGCUGACCUGUCGGCCCGCCUGCAGCCGCUGCUGCUGCACCCAAGCUGA